AUUAACUCUAGAAUCGAUCUGUGACAUGACAAGUGCAAUUACUGCUGAGAGAGACGACAAUAAGAACCAGGAUAUCACUUGAACUAACCAUCGCCACCAGACUAGCCACGGCUGCUCUCAGAGUUAUAUCAUCACGGACAAACCGUGGCCCCCGGCCCAAAUCAGUCAUCCAGUGUCAUCACGGCAUCAUUAUCGCCAUGUCUCAUCUCCCCGACUAAAAUGGAUCCAAAUCGCUUCAAAACUGUCGAUUCCACAGGGAAAAGUGAAAAAGUCCCACUGCCACCAUCAUUUCACCCCGUUCAAGCGACUAACCGGAGCCAAUUAACCACCCAGUAUGCCUUCUUUAUCCACAUGGACCAAGCCGGACACCACCACUCGCCCGAUCGCGAUCAUCGGCGCCGGCGUGAUGGGCCGGCGGAUCGCGAUGAUGUGGGUGGCCGCCGGAUACAAUAUAAUCCUCUGCGAAAAACAGACCAAAAACCACGACCCGGCGCUCGAGUACAUCACCGCCAACGUCCCCUUGCAAGCCGCCAAGAUGGGCACCAAGCCCGGCACGACCAAAUUCACCACCUCGAUGAAAGAAGCCGUCGAGAAGGCAUGGAUGGUCAUCGAGGCUAUCCCCGAGGUGUUGGAGCUGAAAACCGAUAUCCUGGGCCAGAUAGAUGAGCUCGCUCCGCCGGAUUGUAUCGUGACGACGAAUUCGCCUUCGCUGCGCUCGAGCCAGAUGCUCGCCAAGACGAAGGGCAACUACCGUAUCUGCAAUGGCCACUAUUACAUGCCGCCGGAGCAAACCUACUUUGAGGUCAUGACGUGUGGGUAUACCGAUCCGGAUAUUUUCCCGUUCCUGAUGGAGAAGGCUGCGACUGCGGGCUUUAAGCCCGUGCAUGCGCAAACAGAGUCUACCGGCUUGGUCUUUAAUCGGAUUUGGGCGGGCAUCAAGCGUGAAUGUUUGCUCGCCUUGGCGGAUGGUGUUACCGAUGGCGUGACGAUCGAUGAGAUGUUCAAGUCGUGGUUCCAAGCGAACAAGGGUCCUUGCGAGAUGAUGGAUACGGUUGGCUUGGAUACCGUGUACAAUAUCGAGGUUAUAUAUUCGAAGGAGCUUCAGACGAAUCCGCAUGCAAAAGAUUGGCUGAAGACUUCGUAUGUGGACCAGGGUCACUUGGGCGUGAAAACUGGAAAGGGCUUAUUGGCAUAG